AUGGGAGGCGGAGGGCCGGGCCGCCCGGCGCGGCGGGGGCCCGCUUGCCUCUGGGUGACGCUGGCGCUGGCGUGGGGCGCGGGGAGCCGGGCCGCCGCGGGGGAGGGGGAAGGAGACGGAGAGCCCGGGCCGGGGGACGCGGGGACGCCGUGCGGGGCGGAGGGCUGGGCGCAGACCGCCGUCCCGCCGGUUCCGGCCUUCGCGGCCGCGGCGUCGUACCGCGGGCCGGGCAACGACGACGCGCGGGGCGACGAGGCGCUGCCCAUCCUGCUGUGGUGGAGCGGCAGCCUCUUCCCGCACUUCCCCGGCGACACGGAGCGCAUCGACUGCCCGCGGGGCUCCUGCCUCGUCACGCGCAGCCGGCGGGCGGCGCGGCACCGCCGCACCAAGGCGCUCAUCUUCUACGGCACCGACUUCCGCGCCUACGAGGCGCCGCUGCCCCGCCUGCCCCACCAGACGUGGGCGCUCUUCCACGAGGAGUCGCCCAUGAACAACUUCCUCCUCUCGCACCCGCCCGGCAUCCGCCUCUUCAACUACACGGCCACCUUCCGCCGCGAGUCGGACUACCCGCUGACUCUGCAGUGGCUGCCCGGCGCGGGUUACCUGCGGGGCCCGGCGCUGCCCCUGGCCGAGAAGGACGAGUGGCGGCGGCGGGGCUACGGGCCGGUGCUCUACGUGCAGUCCCACUGCGACGUGCCCUCGGACCGGGACCGCUACGUGCGGGAGCUCAUGAAGUACAUCCAGGUUGACUCCUAUGGAAAAUGCCUUCAUAACCGGGAGCUUCCCAGCGAGCGACUGAGAGACACUUCAACAGCCACUGCAGAAGAUCCCGAAUUCAUGGCUUUUAUCGCCAGGUACAAGUUCCACCUGGCCUUGGAGAAUGCCAUAUGUAACGACUACAUGACAGAGAAGCUGUGGCGUCCAAUGCAUUUGGGUGCUGUCCCAGUGUACCGAGGCUCCCCAGCCGUGCGGGACUGGAUGCCAAACAACCUCUCCAUCAUUCUUAUCGAUGACUUUGAGAGCCCCCAAGAGCUGGCAAAGUAUCUUGAUUUCCUUGACAAGAAUGGAGAGGAAUACAUGAAGUACCUAGAGUAUAAAAACCUUGAUGGCAUCAAAAACCAGUUCUUGCUAGAGAGCUUGGAGAGGCGGGAGUGGGGUGUGAAUGACAUGACUUUGCCCAAUUACCUGAAUGGCUUCGAGUGUUUCGUCUGUGACAGGGAGAACGCCCGGGUCAGAGCGGAGCAGGAGCACAAAAAGUCUGGUGGGAAAACUCCAGCUCCUGCACCUCACAUAGCUCAUUUCCAGCACAUGGGAUGCCCUAUGCCAACCCCUGGGUUUGGAAGUAUUGAAGACCUCCCUGGGGAAGACAGUUGGAAAGAGAUGUGGCUUCAGGACUAUUGGCAAAGCCUUGAUCAGGGUGAGGCCCUCACUGCUAUGAUUCAUCACAAUGAGUCACAUCAGGGAAGAUUUUGGGACUAUAUGCAAGAGAUUUUUCUCAAGAGGACCAGGCAACACUGAUCCAUCCCUUGGUUUGGAAAUUGCAUUGAAAGUUGUGACUGAGAAUUCUUACUUCUCUCCAGAUAUUUGCCUUCAAAUAGAAGAAACUCUUGCAGACUGUUUUUCUGGUGCAUGAAGUGAGUGAUCCUCUGCUGUGAUUUCAGCUGUGGAGAUGUUAGCAACUGAAUCUUGUAUCUGAAUUUCAGCUCUGUGGUGUGAAGCUCCUCCUGACAUGCAGGGGGAGCAGAAGAGGAAUUUUGCAUUUGGUAUUGCUUCCCUGUGGCUUCCUUGAUUUCAAAGGAAUGUAUUUCAGACUCUGCUCAAAUGCCCUAAGUUAUUUCAGGAACUUUUUUUAUAUUCAAAACACUUGCUUUUUUAUAUUUUACCACAUGCUCUCCUCAUUAAGUUAUACUUUUACCUGAUAUUAACAAAUAGCUUUUCCAGUGAAUAUAUUCUGAAGAAGACUUAUGUGUGUGGAGAGCAGUUGUGCCUUACGAAAUUGCAGCAAUAAAGUCUCUUCUCUCCAAGUAAACGUGCCUCAAACGUUCCUCCUUCUCAGGAUAACUGAACAGCUAUAGGCAGCUCACUUACUCUGCCUCAUUUUUCUCUUACGCUAACUUUCCAGGUGACACAUACAAAUGGGACAAGAGUCUAGAUUGUUGGAUUCACAACUUUGAACCAGAUAUUUAACAACAGAGUAUUGCCUGGUAUUGUGCAGAACCAGGGUAGAACGAGCAGCUUUGUUUCUUUUAAGUUUCUGUAAAACCUUAAAAUCCAACAAUAAUCUUGACUGAUUGAUUUCUCAGUGAGAUUCAAAGGCCUUUGAUUUGUUCUUCUCGAGUAUCUGCAUCUUUCUGCAAAGACAAAUACAUUUUAAUGGUGGUGCUUUUCCAGUGCUUCCUCUAGUUUGGAGAUGAACCUUGCAGUCUUUUUGUGCUGAGAUGGAUGAUCAGAAUGGGGAACACAGAGUUGGCUUUGUAUCUGUACCUAAUCUUAAUGCAGUAGGAUCCUGGUCUGUGACUGGAGUUCCUCAAAGUAAGUGAUCACAUAUAAAUCAUCUUUGCUGCAUAACCUGUAUCUCUUAAUAGAUAAAUAAAAUGUGCCAUCACCUGC